CGGGGGCUCCCCCCCGGCCUGGUCCACCAUCGUCACGAGGCGCUGCUGUCCCCGGCCACACAUGGGACUCUGGUCCCUGCCAGGCGUCUCCCUCCCGUGUGGCCCUGGGUUGGUUUAAAGUCUGCGUGUUAUCACCCACCCCAGCCCCGGGGCUCAUAAAACAUCGGAGCCACUGGUGCUGCUGUCCUGCUGCCCGUUCCUGCUGUCACCGCUGCCCGUUCCCGGCCGGCCCCAUGGGCUCCCCUUCCCUCUUGGAGAGAGCCCAGGCUCUGCUCCGCGUCCGGAACCAGCUGGCACGGGAAUGCCUGGCCGAGCUGCUGGCCAUCUUUGUGCUCAUCCUGAUCACCCUGAGCGGCUCGGCACAGAUGGUCACCACCUCUGAGACAAAAGGGAACUUCCUCAGCGCCUACCUGGCGGGCGCCCUGGCCGUCAUGGUGGCCGUCUACACAGCGGGGGGAGUCUCAGGGGCCCACCUGAACCCGGCGUUCUCCCUCGCCAUGUGCCUGCUGGAGCAGUUUCCCUGGUGGAAGUUUCCCAUCUUCGUGGCCGUGCAGACCUUCGGCGCUUUCAUCUCCUCCGCAGCCGUCUACGCCGUCCACUACGACGCCAUCUGGCACUACAGCAACGGGACCCUCACCACCUCCGGCCCCCGGGAAACCGCCUCCAUCUUUGCCACGUACCCCGCUGACUACGUCUCCAUCACCAAUGGCUUCGUGGACCAGGUGAUAGGCACAGCCGUGCUGAUCGUGGGCCUCCUGGCCAUCAUGGACACCCGCAACAAGGCUGUCCCCAAGGGCCUGGAGCCGGUGGUGGUGGCCCUGCUGGUGUUGUCCAUCGAGGUCUCCAUGGGUUCCAACUGUGGCUGCCCCAUGAACCCCGCACGGGAUUUCGGGCCCCGGCUCUUCACCUAUGUGGCGGGUUGGGGCGCGGAGGUCUUCAGCAGGGGCAAUGGCUGGUGGUGGGUGCCGGUGGUGGCCCCGCUGCUGGGGUCCGUUGUGGGCUUUGCCGUUUACCAGCUCUUCGUGGCUUUACACCACCCGCCGGAGGAUGGAGCCCCCCGGGAUGAACAGAACUCCUUGUUUUUUGUCGGCACCGCCCUCACCGAGAUGUCACCUGGGGAGAAGGACACUGGGGGGAUUCUGCCCCCAAAGAAGUGA